CGUUUACGAUUCUAUUUCAAAACAAUAAUAUGGGUCAGUCAAAAAUCAAUUGAUUUUCAAGAUUUCGUCCAUCAAAAAUCAAUUGAUAUUUGAAGAUUAUUUAAUCGAUUGAACACCCAUCAAGAUUUUCUGUUAAUCCCUCUCUCUUUUGUUUACUUUUCAAAGAAUUUGAACUUGUUUACUGAUUGUGCAAUGGCUGGAUUUAAAGAGAAUUAUCCAGAUCUAAUGCCUCUUACAAGAACACAAGGUGUUCCAGUUGGGCAAAACAGGAGGGCGUUGGGUGAUCUCAACCCGAACAUUGUUACUGCUGCAACAGCAUACCCUUAUGCUAACGGUUUGCCGGGGAAAAGAACAAACCCUUCUAAGAAACCACUGGCUCCGGUUACUACGAGUGAACAAAUCGCCAUCAAACCUGAGGGAAAGAAGCCAAAAUCCGAAACAAUCCCUGAUAGAAUCGACACCGAAGAGUUCUCUACGAUUGAUCUUGAAGAUGAUUUUAGUGCACCAAUGUUUGUGCAACACACAGAAGCAAUGCUUGAGGAAAUUGAUAAGAUGGAUGAAGACAUAUACGAGGAACCAGUUUUGGACAUUGACGAGGCAGACAAAGGUGAUCCACUUGCUGUGGUUGAGUAUAUAGAUGAUAUUUACUCGCAUUACCGAAAACAAGAGAUAUCAAGCUGUGUUUCACCUAACUACAUGUCACAACAACAUGACAUAACCGAUAAGAUGAGAGCCAUUCUCGUGGACUGGCUAAUCGAGGUUCAUUAUAAAUUUCAACUUAUGGAAGAGACGUUAUAUCUAACGGUCAAUCUCAUCGACCGAUUCUUGGAGCGCCAAACUGUGUCAAGGAAGAAACUUCAACUUGUUGGAAUGACGGCGAUGCUUCUAGCGUGCAAAUACGAAGAAGUUUCUGUGCCCGUAGUUGAUGACUUUAUAGUGAUUUCUGAUAAAGCGUACACAAGAACUGAAGUUCUUGACAUGGAAAACGAAAUGGUGAAUACCCUUCAAUUCAAUCUCUCGGUUCCAACUCCAUAUGUGUUCGUCAAAAGGUUUCUGAAAGCCGCUAAAUCUUACAAAGAGUUGGAGUUACUAUCCUUCUACUUGAUUGAUAUGUGCUUGGCGGAAUAUGCAAUGCUGAAGUUCCCACCUUCGUUAUUAGCGGCAGCUGCUGUAUUCACUGCGGAAUGUACCCUCAACAGAUCAAAAAAAUGGACCAAAACAUGUGAAGUUUAUUCAAACUAUUCUGAGAAUCAUCUUUUGGAAUGUUCAAAGAUGAUGGUUAGUUUACACCAGAAGUCAGGCACAGGGAAACUUGUUGCCGUGUUCAACAAGUAUGGAACGUCUAAAUACGGACAUGCUGCACGCAUCCAACCAGCUAUCUUCAUGUUGUAUCCGAGGUUCUGGGACUGACUGAUUGACAUUUAUGCUAAAAAGACAAACUUUUUUAAUCAUUUGGGCAACGCAUACUUGCUGCCCGCCCGUAAGUAUUUUUGGGAUUUAUUCCGGCUGCAACUGUUUAGAUCAUCGCUUCUGUUUGAGGAUGAUCUCAAACUCUUUUAAGAUGUUUUUUUUUUCUUCUAAGUUGUUAUGGAUAAUUUGCAUCUUUUGAUAUUCUAAGAUGCUAUUAAGUUGCCUUACCCAAGUAUUAUAUAGUGGGCAUUACAGUUUCAUGUU